GGGAAGAAAGCACCCCCAUGUGCUUGUGGGGGCAAUUUAGUAAUUUCAGGUCUGCAUGCACAGCCAUUUGUGUCCCCUCAAAUCUCGUAGCCAUCCCAAACGUCCACAUUUGGAUUCGGGUUUGGGUCGGGAAGGGCCGUUUGGUAAUUACGGAGCUCUCCAAUAUAAGCGAUCGUUGUUUCAAUCUGCGGUACUUCAUCGCCGGCGAUGUGCCCCGCUUCUCCCGUCUAUUGUUCGUACUCCUCCGGAAGCUCAUUCAAAUAUCUCUGUCUCGAACUUUCUGGAGCGCUCUGUAAUCUUAUAAAAGUUGAACAAUGCUGAAAUGGCUCAGUACAGGCAAUCGGGAUCCGACAGGUACGCGCUCAGGGGACACGAUCUGCACAACGGGAACGGGGCGUCCGAUCACGUCUCCAUUGGGAUUCGCGCUCAGCACAAGCAGUCUCGAGCUCGGCGAUCCAGUAAGGGCAGUAGGAUUUCAGUCGGCGCAGUGGUUCUGAUUCUCUCGCUCGUCCUCACCGUCACUGUUUUCGCUUAUAAUUACAUCUCUGGAGACAGUGAAAUAAAUACUUAUCAUGCUCAGGAUGAUGACUCGAAGGAUGAACUUGAUUUUCUUACAAAUGUAACUCGGAUUGAUAAGUCUAAAGUCCUCGAGUUUGGCCAGGGAUCGGGAGUGCAUGGUGGGGAUUCAAGGUAUUGGGAAAGGGAUGAUAGGAGAAGGGAUGAAGAUUACAAUGAGGAAGCGUUGGAGCACAGUACCAUGUCAACAAGGGAUGGAUCUAUUGAUAAGAGCCGUGUUGUAGUGAAAGGGAAGAAUGACAACGAGAAAAUAUUUUUUGACAAUUCUAUUAAGGGUUCUGGUGGGCGAGGCAGUGGCUUGUACAAUGAAGCUGGUCGUGAUGAGCUGAAAAUAUAUGAAGCGGAGUAUGAGGCGUCUCUUAAGAAUGUUGGGCAAUCAAUAAAUGAGCAUGGUGAUAGAAAUAAACUAUUUGAUGAUGCAGGUUUUGGAAUGCAUAAUGAGGAGAUGGAUGCUGAUGAUGAGUAUGAUGAUGGUAUUGAUUCUCAUGAUGCACGAAUGGUUGAAGAUGAUGAUAAUGGACAUGAAAAUGGGGAUAUUUCUAAUGUUGCAAAAUCUCAUGAUUCCUCUGACAGUAUCUCUGCUGGAACCAAGGAUGGGAAUAUUGUGGAAGAGGUUGAUGAAUCAUCCUCUGUAUCAUCUUCUUUAAACAGUCAAAAUUCCAGACAUGUAAGUGUUGUUGAUGGCCGGUCUACAAGAAAGUUCAGUUCUGAAAAGAGGCCAGAGUCAAAAAGAAAAAGACGGCACAAAUUUUCUGGUUCCUCUUGUGAGAUGAAGCUUUUAAACUCUACCGCACAGCUUGUAGAGCCUUUAGAAAGUCGCAAAUUUGCAAGAUUUUCUUUGCAGUAUACAGCAGUAGAAGAGAAGCCGAAUGGCCAAGAACAUUGGGAGCCUAGAUUUUCUGGGCAUCAGAGUUUGCAGGAGAGAGAAGAAUCAUUUUUAGCGCAUGACCAAAAAAUAAACUGUGCCUUUGUGAAAAGUCCUAAAGGUUAUCCGAGUACAGGAUUUGACUUGGCAGAAGAUGACGUGCGCUAUAUUAGCAGUUGCCAUAUUGCUGUAAUUUCUUGCAUUUUUGGAAAUUCAGAUCGCUUGAGAUCUCCUGCAGGAAAAACGAUCUCUCGUUUGUCAAGGAAAAAUGUCUGUUUUGUUAUGUUCAUGGAUGAAAUUACUUUGCAAACACUUUCUUCAGAACGCCAAAUGCCAGAUAGAAUGGGUUUUAUUGGUUUAUGGAAGACUGUGGUAGUGAAGAAUUUGCCUUAUACUGAUAUGCGGAGAGUCGGAAAAAUACCCAAACUUCUGGCACAUCGGCUUUUUCCUUCUGCAAGGUAUUCAAUUUGGUUGGAUAGCAAAUUGCGUCUCCAACUUGACCCUCUUCUCAUCUUGGAAUACUUCUUAUGGAGAAAAGGUCACGAGUAUGCCAUUUCUAAUCACUAUGACCGGCACUGUGUAUGGGAGGAGGUGGCACAAAAUAAGAAACUGAACAAGUAUAACCAUAGUAUUAUAGAUCAGCAGUUUGCAUUCUACCAGGCUGAUGGGCUGAAAAGAUUCAAUGCCUCAGAUCCUAACAAGCUUCUUCCCAGCAGUAUGAUUUUGUUCAAGAAUCUCUCUAUUUUUUAUGCUAAAUUUGCAGCUUGCAUCUAUUGUUUCCACAGCUUUCUUUAUUUGUUUGCUCUAUUGACAGAUGUUCCUGAAGGAUCUUUUAUUGUGAGAGCACACACUCCAAUGUCAAACUUGUUCUCCUGCCUUUGGUUCAAUGAAGUUGAUCGAUUUACUCCUCGUGAUCAACUAAGCUUUGCAUACACAUAUCAAAAGUUGAGAAGGGUUAAUCCAGGCAAACCAUUUCAUCUUAAUAUGUUCAAGGUGAAGAAUUUUAUUAUAUUGCACAUCAACCAAAAUGAAUGGAAAUGUUAUAACAGCCCUUUAGGCCUGGGUCAAUUAGCAAGAUUUUUGGAUGGAGUUGUUGGAGGCUCCAUAUUGAAGUCUCACUGGGAACACACCAAAUAAAUAAAUAAACAAAAAAAUAGGCGAAAAAGUGUAGACCUUAUAACACUUAAAAACCUUAUUAUUAGACUAUAUUUCAUGACUAUUAUAACAUCAAAAAAUGAAAAACUAAAGAUAAAACAAAACGAUGGAAAGGCAAAAUUAAAACAAAACAUCUAUUUAUAUUCUUUAUUGGUUCCUUGUAUUGCAGGAUUGUGAGAGAAGAGCCAUAGCUAAGUUGUUCCGUCACAGGUCUGAGGAGAAGCGAAAUAUUCUUCAAGCAGCAGCAGAGUGAAAAAAGUGUUAUAUUGAGCUUUCCACAGAAAGCUGGUUUGUUUUCGUUUGGUUCUUAUACUUGGCCACAUGGAUGUUUACUGCAUCAAGGAACUAUGUUGUCUAAUGCCACAGCAUGUUGCAGUACUGUUGUCUACCACAUGGCCAUUGUAUCUUGCAACCUGGGUUAGAAGAAAUGUUGUGGUUGGGUGCACAUUCCUAUUAGGGGAGCAAAGUUCACGGUCAGUAUUAAAGCAUUCUUUGUCAUAAAUUGGGUAUCUGUAGAAAAGAAAUUUGUCAUAAGACAGUCUUCAUCGAAGCCUUCGGUUUCCAUCCUCCUGUUUAUAGGCAUGCAGAAGACUACCUCCACUACAACAACUAAUACCAUGUAUUCUUUUUACAUCAAAAUAUCUGGUCUAUUCAUUGUCUGUACGAAAUUUUGAUGAAUCAUUGGGGCUUAUAUAUAUAUGUGAUAUUUUUAGCUAAA